GAACAUAAAAAAUGCAGCAAUAAACAGGAAGGAGGGAGAGUGGGAGGGUGGGAGGGGGGGGAGAAGAGGGCGUCACGCGAGAGCAUAAAUGACCCGAAGAGCUCAUAGAUUGAUAGAGAUGACAUCAUUUCUAUAUAUUUACCAAGUAUAGAGCGGUUCCUACAGUACAAUGGUGCGGUCUGUAUGCGCGGCGCAGCAUUAGUGUUUGUUAGCCGUUUGCACUUGUUGUGUGUUCGACUCGUCGGAACUCUCGCACUCGUGUCAGAUUGCGUUAAACGGCUAGAUAAUCGGGACUGAUCUCGGGUUGAAACUAAUCAGAGUAAACCAAAAAAAAAGCACGAAAAACGACCGAAAGAGUCAUCAGUUGGGCUGGGCAAGGUUUAGGCCAACACCUUGGUUGUAACCGUUCAUCAAGUGCAGAAAUCAAGAUGGCAACCGAAACCGAGACGGCAGCAAUUCAUACAAAUGGUGGCCUGGAAACGGUGUCCGAAGAGGAGGGCACGAAACCGCGCCCGGCCGACAUUGAGGCGGACAUGCGAGAAAUGGAACGCCGCAAGCGGGUGGAAGCGAUCAUGAAUUCGCGCCUGUUCCGCGAGGAACUGGAACGAAUCGUGGACGGGCAGAUGCGCGAAGGAUCAUCGACGAUUCUGCAGCAGCUAUCGGACAUUAUGGGCAUGCCGGCCGCCCGCAUCGGCAGCGUCUUCAAAAGCUCGAACUGUGUGGUGCCGAUCAACGACAUCCGCGGCGUAGAGUCGAUGAGCUACGAGAAGGGCGAAAAGAUUCUGCGCUGCAAGCUGGCCGCCACCUUCCGGUUGAUGGAUCUGUUUGGCUGGACGCACGGUAUCGCAUGCCAGAUUACGGCCCGCCUGAACGCCGACCAGGAACUGUUCCUGGUAAACCCGUACGGUAUGCUGUACCAUGAGAUUACCGCGUCCUCGCUGAACAAGGUGAACAUGCAGGGCCAGAUCGUCGAGCACGGCACAACCAACUUUGGCAUCAACACUAGUCAGUUCACCCUCCACUCCGUAAUCCAUGCUGCCAGACCGGAUAUUCGUUGUGCAAUAUAUGUGGCGUACAGUGCCGUAACAGCCGUGUCGGCGUUGAAGCAAGGAUUACAGCCGAUCACGAAGCACACUGCCCUCCUGGGAGAAAUCGCCUUCCACACGUACGCUGGAGCACUAAACGAACCGGAAGAGAAGGAUAAAUUGCUGCGCAGCUUGGGACCCGUCUCAAAGGUGUUGCUGCUGUCCAACCAUGGCGCACUGUGCUGCGGCGAAACUAUCGAGGAAGCGUUCUAUCAUGUCACACACAUGAUCCAGGCGUGCGAAGCUCAGCUCAAGCUGUUGCCGGUCGGGUUGGAAAACUUGAUCCUCAUCCCGGAAGAGACCCGCAAAGCUAUCUACGAUGCGGCACGCAAACCGUCGCCGGCAGAGGGACACGAGGCCGCCGCAGCUCAAACUACGGAUAAUAAGGAAGGGCAGCUGUCUAAAACCCCGAAGUGGCGUGUCGGCGGAUCCGAGUUUGAGGCGCUGAUGCGAAUGCUCGACAAUGCCGGCUUCCGUACCGGGUACAUCUUCCGCAAUCCGCUGAUCAAGGGCGAUAUUCCGAAGCCACGCAACGACAUCGAGGUACCACCAGCAGUAUCAUCAUUAGGCUAUCUAAUCGAAGAGGAGGAGCUGUUCAAGCAAGGCAUCUGGCGCAAGGGAGACCCGCGCAAGGUUGGCGACCGUACCCGCUGGCUGAACUCGCCCAACGUGUACCAGAAGGUGGAGGUGCUAGAAACCGGUACACCCGACCCGAAGAAGAUUACCAAGUGGGUCGCGGAACCGUCUCCAACGCAUUCGUCGACGCCGGUCAAGAUCGAGCAUGCGCAUCAGUUCGUGCCGACCAACACCAAUCCGAGGGAGUUCAAACGAAUUCAGCAGCAGAUUAAAGAUAACCGCCGUGCGGAUAAAAUAUCGGCCGGACCCCAGUCCCACAUCCUGGAGGGUGUUUCGUGGGACGAGGCAAACCGGAUGAAGGAUGCGAACGUGUCGGCCGCCGGUGACCAUGUGGUACUGAUGGGUGCCGCUUCCAAGGGUAUUAUUCAGCGUGGCUACCAGCACAACGCCACCGUGUACAAGGCACCGUACGCGAAAAAUCCUUUCGAUUCGGUAACGGACGACGAGCUGAACGAAUACAAAAAGACGGUCGAGAAGAAGCGGCACGGUGAUGGCACAGACACAGAUUUCUCCGAAUCGGAAGCACUUAGCUCGCUGCAGAUCAGUGGCCCCGCCAAGGGCGCUUCGCUCGUCAGCCCGCCCAGCCAAUCGGAACAGGAAGACACAACAGCAGAACAUCACGUCCUAAGAAUAGAAACUAAGCAAGCGCCCAAACCAAGCCAGCCAGAGGUGGUACUAAGCGACGGCGAGCAAGUACAAAAUGGCGAACAAUCCGAUGCACACAUGAGCACCUUCUCGCACAGCAGCAAAGAGUUGCAGGAUAUUUCGACCGAUGGAUCCCCCAAGAAGGACAAGAAGAAGAAGAAGGGCCUGAGGACACCGUCGUUCCUGAAAAAGCGAAAGGAUAAGAAGCGCGUCGAGUCCUAAACAACACGCCACGCCACUACGAUCCGCAACAACGCAAGGCAUCACACAGUGUGUUUUGUUUGGCGCAACCACCAGCAGCAGCAGCAGCAGCAGCGUUUUCUUUCUGUCGUAAGGUGAAGGAGCCACCUUUUUAGUGUUUUUGUUUUGUUUUGUUUUGUUUCUGGUUUGUUUGGUUUGUCUUCUAUUCGAUGGAAGUAUAGCAGCAACGACAAACCAACCCAUCUACCUACUAAUACUGGCUUGCGCCGAAGCUGGAAGAAAGCUGUGCGCGACCGCAAUCCAUCACAACACACGAUUUCCUGAACGAGAGCCGACGUCCCUCGAUCGCGGCUUGAUACAAACGCCCCACAUUUAUUAUAUCCGUAUUUAGUUAUGUAAGUUUUGCCUAGCGAGAGAGAGAGAGAGCGAGACAGGGAACAAAAGCGUUGUACUUUGUUUUCUUUUUCGGUACGGUUUUUGCUUGUUUUUCAAUUUUAUACUUCCGUUUUGUUUGUUGUGUAGGUAAACCGUUCUCCUUAUGAAGUCGCUAGAAUGUACGAAAACAGGAAAACGCCCGUUGGCGCCAAGUGAAGGAAAGGAUCGUAGUAAACAGAGAGAACGAAUGCAGUGAUUGCAAACAUGGUAUGGACAAAGGGCCGGUGGUUAAAGAUAUACACACAUUUCGAGUUAGUACGCGUUUAAGAGAAUAUGAAUGAAUGCUAUUUAUGAAUCGGCACGACGAUUGAAGAAAUUUAUGACUUUAUUUAUGUUUAUGUGCGGGCAAUGUAAAUCAAGAAGGAAGAUGAUGUACUAUGGCAAUACUGUCCACCGACCGACUGGACUACUAGAUGGAACGAAACGAGUGCAGGAGAGAGAGAGAGAGAGAGAGAGCGCGCGCUCGCAAAAAGGACUAGCAUUUGAGUGUGUGCGUGUGUGCGUUUGUAUGGUGACGUUGCUACUAGCUACUGCUGCCCGACGACGAUAUACUGUUGUUUAUCUAUUAUCAUCGCCCCCAGCCUGCGCGCCCCGGUAGAUGUAAUGAAUGCGAAUAUGCAAUCGCUAAAAGGAUGUGAAAUGUUUAUUUUGUUCUUUUCAAUUUUUAUUUAAUUACAACAUUAUUAUAAACUAUCAGAAGAAAAAACAAACGAAAAACGAUUGACGCAUGUAGCGGGGCAUUCUUGUCUUGUUCGUGACGUAGCUUGUUCCGAGGCUGCAACACGGAAUGGAAUGAUAUUUUCUCCCUUCCUUCCUCUGUCAAUGGACAAUGAACGAAUGAAUGAAACUGAUAAAAAAAAAACGGAAAAGCAUGCCAGCUUUUCCGCCGCCGUAAGUGAAACGAUAAAACAAUUAUCACACCCGGAUCAAAUCGAACGUAGAUAAACAGACAAUUAAAACAAAAAAGGAAACAGAUGAAAAUGCAAGAUAGUGUUAAAAACAGACCGGCGAAAGGAAGGAGAAACAGAUUAGAACAGAGCAUGAUGAGAAGAAGAAAAAAACUGCCGACAAAAAGUGAGGUUUUUGUUUCUGUAUGUGUACCCAACUCAACGCAAAACUCAAAGCUUCUUUCCGUUUGCCGAUUAAAAGCGAACAUCAGCUAAAGAACAAGACGUUAAACUUUAUAUAGCUAAGCCGAUCGGUCCGCCGCCGACUACAAGAGGCGGGAGAAAGAGGGUGGCUCGCGCAUUUGCAUUGCAUGAUACGAAUGACCGAUGAUUGCAUAAAUAGCUUUUUACUACCGACUCAACAACCGAACCUGUCUUUUUUGUCUGUUUUGCCGCUCGCUGUUCCUGUACCGUUAACGAAUGUGUGCGUGUGUGAGAGGUAUCUUAGUGUACUGCGUGCUGUAUUUCCCUCAGGCUUUAAAGCGUUAGCCACAAACGCAUGUUUGUGCAAUGGUAACAUCCUUAACGGCGUUACAACAUUAUCGGGUGAUAGAUUGAGGUUCGCGCGAGUAAGGCGCUGGCACCUGUAUGGGCUUAAGUUGGCGGGGCGUAUACAGGCGGACACACCUGGCUUUGUUUGCAUGUGUUUGAAGUUGGUUUGUGGGCACCACACUGCUGCUGCUGCUUCUUGUACAUUUAAAAUGAUGCUUUCCUCUCUCACUUCCGCUUGACGUAAGAGAUGGAUUUAACCCCGCUCCGAUCAUCAAGCCCCCGGAUUGGAUUGUCUGUUUUGAAGGUGCUCUAUGGCGUGAAACACUGUACUGUACACCACGCUAACCCUUUUGGCGGUCAAGAAACACACGCAAACCAACAGGGGUUGUGUCUGUUUUCUUGAAAAGGGAACAACCUGCAGGAUGCAACGAGAAAGCAGAUAUGUGUGUGUGUGUGUUUGUGUGCGCGCGCGCUUUCCUUGCUGUGUGCUAUUAUUACAACAACACUUUCAUUAUUAAAUAGGAUAUUUACAAAAAAAAAAAAAACAGGAAACGAAAGCAUUUCAUCAAACGUGUCUGUUGUUUAUUACACUUUGCAUCAUUAAGACCUCCGGCGUGCCUCCGAUAGAACGAUUACAAUGAAGACACACCAUCGGAUCGCGAGCGGGACGCGAGGAUAACAAAUGCUUUGCAAAAGGAAAGGAGCGUGUGUGUGUGUGUGUGUGCAUUGUUGAGGAACCAACGUAAAGUGACGAAUGCUUUUUUUUUCUUUGCAAGUGAGCAUACAUGUGUAUAUCGUCAUCAUCAUCCCCUCUGUGUGUGUAGUACAAGUUCCUUGGGCUUUUUUUUUUUCUAUUUAGACUUGCCACUUGGAACACCGAAGACGCCAGAAGACAGAAGAACGUUCGUAAAAAAAGAAAACUAUUUCGAUGCUUGGAUAUUAUUUACAACUGGAUUGAAUCGAGGAAAAACGAAUUCUGCAACGAUAUUGCAAAAAAAAAAACACAAAGGAGAAACAAAACGACCAGCGUGCGAUAAAUAUUUAUUAUUAGUCCUUAGAGGGUUAUAUGGCAGCAAACAAGCAGCUUGACAAAAGGGAGUGUGUGUGUGAGUGUGAUUUUUUUUCGUGAAAAGGUGAUAAAAUAAGGGUAAGAGGAGGGAUGGAAGGAGGCAAUUGAAAAUCAAAAUUCAACAAUGUUGUUUUGCAACUUUGUCACAGCGCUUAAACAAAACUCUCGCCACAAACCACACACACGCCCAUUUUCACUUCGCACUACCAUGUGUUUAUUUCGCUACCAUCAAUUGACUCGUUUUGUUGCGGAUUUUUAUUGAAAAAAAGUACGAUCAACUAAUGCUGACGAGGAUGUUUUUUAGGGUUUUCCGCUCUUUGUAACCGCAUUAUUAUUGGUGGCACAAAUUUAGCCGUUAGUGAAGCAAAUGAACAACAAAUGCUAAACAACAAAGGAUAAAUAAAACGAUUCCUACCUUUAA